AUGUCAAUUUCCUGUGACACCAUCAAUGACACAAUGAAUGAGUCAGCUGCCAUCACCACCUGGAGAAUCACCGAAAACAGCUGGAUGGAUAGAACCACGGACAGUUGUGUUAUCUCUCACCACACUCGAGUGUGCAGUAGACACUUUGUAUCAGAGGACGUCGUCGAGCCGGCGGCUGAAGGGGGUAGAAGGAGGCUAAAGCCAGGCGCCGUUCCUGUCUUGUUUCCCUGGAAUAACUUCUCUCGGAAAGUAAGACUUGGGGUACAGGAGCGGAUCAGCGCCAGACCAGAGAGGAUGGAGACCGACAAAGUUGCUGGCACUCUUUGUGCCAAUGAUCAUGAUUAUUGUUCAAGGCCGGACCCUGCGUUUGUGGACUUGGUGGUCUCUGAGAAUGAGAGUCUUCGGGAUGAAGUUGCCCAGCUGAGGCAGCAGCUGGAGCAGCUGUCACUCACGCAACGUUUCGGGUUACAGCGAUUUGGUGGCUCGGACACAGACAUUCGUUUUUACACAAGAUUUUCAUCUUAUGACCACCUGAUGCGGUUUUGGCAGGUCAUCGAACCAUCGCUGCAGUACAUGGUUCGGGGGACCAGAACAAGAACUGCAGAUGGUGACUCAGCAAGGCAAAGUACAGCCAUGGUACAGACACAGGCUAUACAGGCAGUAGAUGAACUGUUCCUCUUCCUGAACUACCUUGCCCUUGGACUGAAGCAGAAGGACCUGGCUGACCGGUAUGGGGUACACCAGUCUACUGUUAGCAGGAUCAUUCACACCUGGAGUAAUUUUUUGUUUUGUGUUCUCGGCUCACAGCGAAUUUGGAUACCCCAAAACAAAAUCAGUGAGCACUUGCCAGCAGAGUUCAAAGAUUCCCCAGACAUUACAGUUAUCCUGGACUGCACAGAGCUCAGAUGCCAAACACCUUCCUCUCCUUUACUCCAGAGUGAAGGUUAUUCCAGUUACAAGUCCCAUUGUACACUGAAGGGGAUGAUUGGCAUGGCCCCUCAUGGUGCUGUAACCUUUGUUUCUCCCCUCUUUGCUGGCUCAGUCAGUGACAAGCAGAUCCUUGUGGAGUCAGGACUAGGUAAACUGCUCAGGCCGGAUAUGGCAAUCAUGGUGGACAGAGGCUUCCUGGUGGAUGACUGUGUGCCUUGUAAAGUGUACAGGCCUGCAUUCCUAGCCGGAAGACCUCAAAUGCCAGCAAACGAGGUGACCGAGUCAGUCCUGUCCUCCGGUUUCACGUUCUGA